AUGUCUUGCCCCAAUCUCAUCCUUGGCUCCCUCCUCGCCAUGGCAGCUCCGGCUGUGGCACAGAACUGCGACUGCUACCUCAUCGACGGGCAGUACCCAACCUACUUCCGCAACUACGGCUUCUGGGACUUUCGUUCCAUGAGCCAGUACGCUUCCUCCAGCCCACCCCCCAUCCCAGACACGCUCGAAGGCCAGGGCCAGGCUCCCUUUACGAACGAGUAUCUGGACUACGCCAGCAACCAGUUCACCAAGUUCUGGAGCCCCAUGAACUGGACCGCCGGCUCAGACGAGUUCCCCAUGCCCAACUCGUACAACAAUCUGUACUUUGAGAAUGACGAAGCGGGCGAGACCGACACGUUCCUGACGAUGCGCACCGCACGCAAGCCAGGCUUCCAGACCGUGGCCGAGUUCGAGUCCAACGACUAUUACGACCACGCAUCCAUGCGCAUGCGCGCACGCACCCGCGGCUCGCCUGGGGCCUGCACCGCCAUGUUCACCUACCGCGAGUACGACUACGACGUCCGCGAAGAUGCCCAGGAGACCGACAUUGAGAUCUUGACCAACGACCCCACCAACAAGAUCCGCUACACGAACCAGCCUUCGUGGCUGUACAAUGACGACGGCGAGAUUGAGAGCGUUCCUGGCGCGUCCAAUGAGGUGAUCAUCGAUGAACCCUGGGAUGAGUGGGCUGAUCACCGUCUCGACUGGACACCGGGACGUACCACCUGGUACCUCAACGGCGACGAGACAUUCUCCAUGACCUUCCAGGUGCCCACAGACCCCAGCCGCAUCGUCUUCAACGCCUGGAGCAACGGCGACCCAGAAUGGUCUGGCCUGAUGCCUGUUGGUGGUGCUGCUUACCAACACAUCCAGUGGAUCGAGCUUGCGUACAACGUGGUCGAUGCUGGGUCUUGCUCAAACGUUUGCAACGUCGAUGGUGGUGUGCCUGGAAGCCCCCAGAAAAUAUAG